AUGCGAAGAGGGAAAGAUAAGGAAGAUUUCUGGCACGUGUUGAUUGUUUUGGGUUUUUUUUUAAAUAUUAUUACUAUUAUUAUUCUGAGCAAAAUUCUGUCUGUUCCAGGUUUGGGUUUGCAAAUACAGUGCUACCAGUGUGAGGAGUUCCAGCUAAAUAAUGACUGCUCUGCUCCGGAGUUCAUUGUGAACUGUACAGUGAACGUUCAAGAUAUGUGUCAGAAAGAAGUAAUGGAAAAAAGUUUUGGAAUCAUGUAUCGCAAAUCCUGCGCGUCUUCAGCAGCGUGUCUGAUAGCCUCUGCUGGGUACCAGUCCUUUUGUUCUCCAGGGAAGGUGAACUCUGUUUGUAUCAGCUGCUGCAACACUCCGCUCUGCAAUGGACCCCGGCCGAAGAAGAGGGGGAAUUCGGGCGUGGUGCCGAGGGCACACGCGAUAACCACCAUUCUGCUCCUUAACUUGGCUCUUCUGUUUUCAUAUUGCUAA